AGCACCAGACCAGUUACAAGCAAGACGGCGGUUCAAAAGCACCUUCGAACAUCGCUCCUCAUAUAAUUUUGAGUGCUGUGUUUUAUCCAACGAAUUUACGCUGUAAUGAGAUACGAAAAAUUGAAUGCUAGUAUAUGAAACUCCAAGCUAAUUAAUUAUCAAUUAUAUAUGUUAAAAGGCUUGUAAAUUAGCCCACAAUAUUUUUGAGUUUACGACGCAUGUGAAACUCGUUCUUAUUUGAAUCAAAGUCGUGCGUCUGCGAAUUAGUGGUCAUCACUCAGUGUCUCGAGCAGCGGGCGGAUGCAGUGUCACUCAUAAUGUUUCUCGAAGCUUUUGUACUCAUAACGUCCACUCACUUCAUCUUUUCCGAGUUUCCUGUAGACAGUUUCUGCUCCGGAGAACCAACGGAUAGUCGAUGUCCAGCUUUUUUUCCGGCAUUUUACUUCAAUGCCACGACCGGUUUUUGCGACUGUUAUAUUUACGGGGGCUGCGAGACCCGUGGAAACCACUUCGACACUGCGGCCGAAUGCAUGGAGACUUGCGGCACGAACAAAGUAAAUACCAUUGACUGUCAGGAAUUAGGCACUAUUGAAAUACGGAUUCGUCUGAGGAACUCUAGCCGAAUCGGAGAACAAUCGGCCACGGAUAUUGCACCUCAGAGCGGUGGUCAAAGACCUAGUUCUUCCCUGCAACCAUUCGGCCCAGCUCAGAUACCAUCUUUUCGUUCACAACUACCUGGCGCUAUUCAGAGACCUCAGCCACUGUUACCGAGUCAAGGAUCUUCUUCGGCGUCGCAGCUCCAAGACGGAACAUUUUCGAUCAGUAACAAGCCGCCUGUCAUGAACCAAACGACGGUGAAACAAGUGCACAACAUUUUCAACAACACCACCACUGGCAUCAGACCUCAGGCCCCCAACCUACAGCCAGGUUGGCCACUUCUAACUGGCCAGGUUACAGUCCAACAAGAUGUUCCUCGCACUCGGGGACAGGAGAGACCUGGGCUCCCAGGCUCAGCGGACCUCUUACCUCCGCAAGACAAAGAGCAAGCAAAACCCUUCGUUUCUGCAAGUGCGCAGGAUUUUCAACGCAGACAAAUUUUGAAGCAACAAGAAAUCGAAAUGCAACACCAAGCUUCUAUUCAGCAACACUUGCAACUUCAGCAACAGCAACAGCGGCAGCAACAUGAGCAACUCCUUCAGCUUCAAGAGAAACAACGCCAACAACAGUUGGCCGGUUGAUAAACGUCAUGAUUCUGAGAUUUAUACUGGCUGAUCUAAAUUUGCAAUUGAUCAUUUCAAAAAGUUUAAAUUGAUCCACAAAGAUUUUCUUGAACUAAUUUGCAAACCGUUUCAUUGAUACUGAUCUCUAAACGUACGUAAAUAUGUCAAUUUUUUUCUUACAAAUCGUGUUCACGUUCAUAUGCCAUAGGAACGUUUCUUCAUUCCGUUAUCAAUGCAGAAUAAAUGCGAAGAUAUAUGUAACAACACUUAAGUGAUAAAUCGCAAAUUAAUUUAUAACAUUUACCGGAGAAAUGUAAUUGUCGUAAUUAUUUCAGCAUGAAUAUUCUUGAGGAAAUUACCUUACUUUUGUCUAUAAUUAAGUAAAGCUUGCUGAAUUAGACACCAAAAUAAUUAUAUAACCAAUAAUUGAAGUCAAUUUAACAAUCUAAAGUUGCAGUUACAAAUGGCAUCAAGAGAGGGCUCUUUAAUUUGCACUAAUUCUUCACUUCGUAACCGUUAAGAUUAUAAGUUGGCAUUCCACUAUCUGCUUCUUUGACUUGAGUUCAUACAUGUUUUUCACCGA